AUGUGGUUUCUCAUCCUUGGACUGGUGUCUUUCUGCCUGGCAGCGAACAAUACUGGUUUAGAUCCUGUCGAUAAUUUCUGCAGGAUAUGGUAUCACCAAUCGGUGGUAAAAAACAACGCAUUAUACAUCGACGGUGGCCUCGAGGUCUUCACCCCCUCCAGCAAUGCAAGUGCAAGCAACAAAACCACCGGAUACAACACCUAUCUCGUGAAACUGGAUCUAACCGACUCAUGGGACUGGAAGACAAACAUAUCGCUGGAAACGAUCGAAAAGACGAAAUCCUCACAGACAGGCACCGCCGCCCCGCUUCUCGUCCGCGGUGCUCUCUAUUCCGGUCCGACGAAUGACUCGCAGUUCUAUCUCUAUGGCGGAUCGGUAUCAACGCAAAAUACCAGCUUCCCAGGCUGGCAAUCGCCAUCAUCGCCACAGUAUUCGCUCUGGUCGUAUGAUACUUCGAAUCAAGAUUGGUCGCAGUACGACACAUCGCUCGAUGUCCCGAACCGACCGAAUAACGGUGCCUUUGCGGAAGCGCCAGAUUUAGGGUUGGCAUUUUACCAUAACGGGCAGAUUGAUGAGGGCAGUUCGCCUGCGUUGGAAAAAGAGAGCAGUUUCCGGGCCUUCCUGCCUGGUCUUGUGGUGAUCGAUACAAAGACUCAAAUUGUACGGAAUUACUCGACGGAUGCGGUUCCGGAUUCGCCUCGAAGUCGACAUGGAGGGGUUUAUAUUGCUGGGGUUGGGGAAAAGGGAAUAUUCGUGACUGUUGGAGGUGUGACGAAGAGCGUGGAUGACAGCAGUUCGAAGAAUAAAGGCAGUCUGAUCUCCAUGGAAUAUAUCGACAUCCUCGACGUCUCUUCCCUCUCAACCAGCAACGGCACCUGGUAUCGCCAAAAAGCAUCUGGCGAUAUUCCCAGUUCUCGUCUGGAUUUCUGUCUCGUCGCCGUUUCCGCCGCAGACAAUUCCAGCCAUAAUAUCUACAUGUAUGGCGGGCGGGAUUUCAGCACCGACUACGACGAGCUGUAUAUUCUUUCGCUGCCGUCGUUUAAGUGGAUUAAAGUGUGGCAAGGCGAGUCUCCGCGAUGGGGACAUACAUGCCAUGUUGUUGGCAAGUCGCAGCUGCUCACUGUCGGAGGGGCGGAUGAUGGGAACUUUACGCGUGGAUGUGACUGGGAGACGAAGAUGGUGGGCGUGUAUGAUCUGAGCAGGGGGACGUGGGGGAGUGUAUACAAGUCUUAUGAUGAUGCGUAUCAAGUGCCACGGACGGUGUUUAGAGAAGUUGGUGGAGAUGCAACCGGCGGCGCAACAACAACACAACCAGAUGGCGGAUUCGACUCGAAAGAUACAGCUCAACUAUUUGGGUCAUCAGGUACUUCAAGCAGCAAAGGAAUCAGUGGAGGCGCAAUUGCAGGGGCUGUGAUAGGAUCAGUCGCUGGGGCUGCAAUCCUCGCUGGUCUGGCAUUCUUUUUCUUCCGACGAAAGAAGACUAUACCAGCACAACAGACACAACUAUCCGAUGAAGAUAAAAAGGCUGAUGGUAAACCUCGACAUUAUCCUAUCUUUGAAUCUCCAGGAUCGAACCCGGCUGUAGAGCUGGGAGAGAACAAUGUACGGCAUGAGAUGGAUCCAUCGCCAAAAGCGAGUCGGUUUAUGGAGCUUCCAUAA